GAGCUUUACAGAAAAAGCCAUGGCCUCAGCCCCUACUACCAAGAAGAUGAUGGAGGAAGCCAUGUGCUCCAUCUGCCUACAGCUAAUGACAGAGGCCGUGAGCAUCGACUGUGGGCACAGUUUCUGCCGCCAGUGCAUAGAGGACACGUUUAGGGAAAAAAAUCCUAUUGAAUCAUACCAGGAAAAGUUUACCUGUCCCCUGUGUCGAAAACCAUUCCAAAGAGAGAGUCUCCGGCCCAACAAACAACUGGAAAACCUCAUUGAAAGCAUGAAGGAGCUGGAAUGUGAGAGGCUGUGUGAAGAACACGGGGAGCAGCUCCGCCUGUUCUGUGAGGACGAUGGGAGGCUCAUCUGUUGGCGCUGUGAGCACUCCCCCCAGCACAGAGGACACAGCAUAGAACUUGUGGAGGAGGCAGCCCCAGGUUUCAGGGAAAUUCUCCAGAUAGUUCUGACAGACAUGAGGGAACAAGAAAACCAAUGUCAGAGUCUGAAGUUAGCCACAAAAGAGCAAACAAGGCAAUGGAAGGAGAAGAUAGUGCAUGAGAGAAAGAAAAUCCAGUUUGAAUUUGAUAAACUCUACAACUUCCUCCAUGGAGAGGAGAUGUGGUUUCUGUGGAGACUGGAAGAAAAAAAAGAGCAGACUCUCAGGAGUCUGAAGGACAGUGAGGCGAGUCUGGAAAAGCAGAGCCAGGAACUCAAAAGCUACAUCCGGGAACUAGAGAAGAAAUGUCAGCAAUCAGCCCAAGAUUUGCUGCAGGACAUGAGAGACACCUUGGGUAGGAGUUCGGCUGUGGAGCUGAAAGUACCAGAGGCUGUGUCUUUGGAGCUUCAGACUGUGUGCAAUGUUUCUGAGCUUUACUUGGAUUUGAAGAAAAUGUUAAAGAGCUACCAAGUCUGUGUGACUCUGGAUCCAGAUACAGCUCAUACUGACGCAAUUAUCUCUGAGAAUCGAAGACAAGUGACCUAUGGAGGGCCCCAGUUGAACCUUCGAAAUUCUCUAAGAUAUCUUGACCUACCCUGGGUCCUUGGCUGUGAGCGCUUCACCUCAGGAAGACAUUACUUUGAAGUGGAUGUGGGAGAAGAUUCUGGGUGGGAUUUAGGAGUCUGUCUGGAAAAUGCACCCAGACGUGCUCUCAUGAGUCUGCAACCUACGUCUGGAUUCUGGGUCAUCAGAUUGUGGAAAGGGAAAGAGUAUGUAGCCCUUACCAAUCCCCCAACUUCCCUUCCUCUGAAGGAGCAAAUCUGGGUUUUGGGGGUUUUUGUGGACUGUGAGGCCGGACGUGUGUCCUUUUACAACGUGACAUGUACUGUCUCCCACAUCUUCACCUUUCCAAGGGCCUCCUUCUCUGAUACUCUCCGGCCCUUUUUUGGUGUUUCUCAAGGUUGCACUUUAUUCCUAAAUUCACAAUAACAGUAAAGAAAGGAAUAGGUUUCUGUAGCCUCCUUCUUGGUGUAACCAUCCUAGAGAAUAUAAUAAAAGUUCCAUCAGGGAAGAAACUUGGUC